UCGAAAAGAAAAUGGCGUGGAAAACGGUGUACGACACCUUUUGGAGUGAAUGGUUUUGGUUGCCAGAAAAUGUAACAUGGAAACACUUAGAAAACAAAGAAGAUGGUUUAUAUUAUCCACAGGCAAAAGAUCUCUACAUCCCAUUUGUUCUUGCAAUUGUUGUAUUUGCAGUCCGUAAAUGUUUUGAAAGCCUUAUAGCUAGACCAGUAGGAUUAUAUUUUGGUAUUAAGGAUGGCCGACCAAAGAUUGUUACACCUAUUAGUGCCUUGGAGAAUUCAUACCAAGUAAAGAAAUUUCCAUCAGAAGAAACGAUAAAGGUUUUAGAAAAACAGACAGACAUGACAGAGCGUCAGAUACAGAGGUGGUUCAGGAUGAGAAGAAAUCAGGAACGUCCAAGUCAAAUGAAGCGCUUCACGGAGGCUUCAUGGAGAUUUUUCUUUUAUUUUAGUAUAUUUGUAUAUGGAGUAGCUGUCUUAUGGGAUAAACCUUGGUUCGCUGACUCCAUGAAAUGCUGGGUAGGGUAUCCACAACAUCAUUUGUCCUCGGGUGUUUUCUGGUAUUACAUGAUAGAGAUUUCUUUUUACUGGUCGCUUAUGUUUUCACAAUUUAUGGAUGUUAAAAGAAAGGAUUUCUGGGAGAUGUUUACGCACCAUUGUGCCACGAUAAGCCUCCUGACAUUUUCCUGGUGUGGAAACUUUGUACGAGUAGGAACGCUCGUGUUAUGUAUACACGACGCUGUGGACUAUUGGUUGGAGGCUGCCAAAAUGGCGAAAUAUAUCAAAGCCCAGAGGCUGUGUGAUGUACUGUUUGCUGUAUUUGGCGUGGUUUGGUUCAUCACCAGACUAGUUCUCUAUCCCACCAAGGUCAUGUGGUCCACGUAUUAUGAAUGCAAGCAGGUGGUCGGAGGUUUUCCGAGCCUUUACCUCUUUAACGGCGUAUUAGUGAUACUACUGGUUCUGCAUGCAUACUGGUUUUCUUUAAUCGUGACUGUCGCCUACACGGUAUUGUCCAAGCAAGGGGAGGAAGUUACAGAUAUUCGUAGUUCAGAUGAAGAAGAAAUCAGUGAGGAAGAUACGUCAAAUGGUUCUGGUGAUCAUAAACAGACCAAUCAUUUCAGUAACAAUGUAACGCAGUGAAAAUAAUUGUAUUGUAGUCCUCAACAAAACCAAUGAUAUCAUCAGGGAAGUGCAGUCAAAGAUGAGACAUGUUUCAUUUUGUGUUUUAUAUGCAUGUGUUUCUUUGUUGACCUUAAAAGUUGUCAGUCUUCGUUUAUCAGUGGAAAAUGAGAUACUUAAAUGAAUAUAUAUAUAUAUAUAUAUAUCUAUCUAAAAUUUCAAACAUUACCUAUAUUUCAUUAAUCUAUGAAUGUAUCAUUUCCUUAUGUUCUAACAUUGCUUUCUUACACAUACCUUCCCUGAUGAUAUUAAAUACAAGAGAUUCGAGAUAAAAUGUAUCAUUUUCUCUCAGAAAACGUUUUCAUUUUUAUCUUUUCAAUCAUUCAGAGUUCAAUCCCGUAUUUUAAAAGUUUUUCCCGUAUUUUAAAAGUUUUUAUUAAUUUAUUGAUUGUGCAUACUAACGAAUAGAGUAAUGUUUUGCUGAAAUAAGGUGUUUGCGUGAAAAUUAUUUUCUUAAUAGAUACGUACAUGAAUGCAUUUUCUGUAAAACUCUGAGGUGAGAAAAGGUUUUACCAAGUAGGAUUUUUUACAAUCAAUAAUGUAGAAUGUUUUCUUAAAAACAAUGCGAAAGCCAUAGUGAAACAAAGGUGAACAAAUAAUUUCUAUUUUGCAUCUUUGCCAUGAAAUGUAUAUAUAACUUCUUAUCUCUGGUUAAUUUAAGUCAUUUGCAAAAUCUGAAAGAACACACGAUGCCAUUAGUUUGAAUGCAUGUAGUUUGCAGUAUGAAAAUUUUGAAUUUGAUUUCUAUAGUCUGUCGUUAAUUUUAAUUUUAAUUAUCAUUAGCCAUUCAAACAAAUUAUAUUCAAGAUUAGAGUACAUGUAUUUUAAGUAAAAAUGGAGUUUUUGAUGUAAAUGAUUCUAAUCUCAAAUUUUCAUAAUUU